UCUGGCUCAUACAGAAAGGUCUCUCUCCUCCCCCACCCUCCCCACAAAAAAAAAAAAAAAGAGAAAUGGGGAUAACAGAGACCGUCGGCGAACCCUCGGCGAGAAAGAUGCGACGAAGAGCAUCACCACCAACAUCAUCGAUCGAAUCUCUAGACGCCGACAUACUACUCAUCAUCUUCUCCUUUCUCGAUCUAUUCGACCUCGUUAACUGUACCGUCGUCUGUAACUCCUGGCAUGCUGCCAUCAAGAAGAUGAAGCUGCUACAAUCCUCAUGCCGGAGGAUGCACCAGCUCGGCUCCUCAACGUCACUGGGGAAGGAGACGCCAGAGAUAAAUGUGGAGGAGUUCGCGAUGAAACAUCACAAGAUGGCGUUGCUAAGAGGUCGAGUCGAGAUCGAGCGGUGGGAAGCUCACUCGCACAGAUUCUCUCAGUGUCGAAUGAAGAAGGGAUUGCUGCUUACUGGUGUAGGUGAUAAGGUUAUGCGUCUCUGGUCAUUGAAUAGUUACAAAUGCAUGGAGGAAUACUCUCUUCCUGAUGCUGCUUCCUUGAUUGACUUCGAUUUUGACGAGAGCAAGAUUGUUGGAUUGGUUGGUACCCGGAUUAGCAUAUGGAGAAGAAGUGGACAACGAAGCAUCUUUCCAUCUCGUGAAGGCACCAUUCCUAAGGGACUUUGUAUGCGUUACAUUGACCCAGAAGCUGUAGUUGGAUGCGAGGAUGGAACAGCUCGUGUAUUUGAUAUGUACAGUAAGACAUGUUCACAGAUCAUUAGGACUCACGGUGGGCCAAUAACGUGCUUAUCUUUGAGCGACAAUCAACUGUUUCUUAGCGGGUCUUCGCUCGGGAGAGUAACAGUAUCUGACCCUUUAGUGGAUCAACCGGUGGCUACGCUUAAAUCCACGAUAACUGCAGGAGGUAUACAGACCAUCUGUUUUAACCAAGGCUCCAAUCUCGCCUUCUCUGGAACAACAGCUGGAUAUGUUUCAUGCUGGGACAUCAGGAAAAUGAGACAGGUGUGGGAAAAUCGAGUGAGUCCUAAUGUCGUGUACUCAAUACAACAGUUAAGGAACGAUACGUCGGUUAUGGUUGCCGGUGGAAUAGACGGUGUGCUGCGAGUGAUUGAUCAGAAGAGUGGAAGAGUUCUGUCUAGCUGUAUAAUGGACGACAAAGUUUCAACAGUUCUGAGAAGGCACAGCCAAGUGGUGGUUGAGAAAAGGAGAGGAAAAAGAGUAUCUCAAGACGUGGAGAUCGAUAAAAUAGAAAGGAAAACACGGCCUCAGAUCAGCUGCAUAGCAAUGGGAAUGAAGAAGGUAGUAACAGCUCACAGUGGUAAAUUCAUAAGCGUAUGGAAAUUCAAUCACUCGUGAAGUCAUUAUAGUUGUAUAUGACGCAUCAGAAGGCAUAUUAGACUGUAUUUCUGACAAAACUGGAAACAAUAGCAUUAUAAAUGAUACAACUAACUCUAGGGCUC